UCACAGCGCCUCCCAGUGGCUCUUCUUGGUCAUUACAGCAGUGAGUCUGUCGGUGGGCGGCUCAGCUCGGUGAUGCACAUCCGUUAUUCUGGAUCCUCAGGCCCGAUCAGAGGCAGGAGCAGCUGGGAGAGGCAGCAGGCAGGCCGGGAGGAGAACAAACCGGUUAAAUCAGAACCAGGAAACGCUUCAGCGGCGCCAUGAAUUCCUCGACAGCGUCCGCCGCUCUGCUGUGUCUGCUGGCCGGAGCCGUGGCUGCCGUCCAGAGCCCCGAGCCAGUGUUUCUGGAGAAGCAGCAGGCGAGCUCUCUGAUCCGUCAGAAGAGGAGUUCGGCCUCCACCCUGGAGCAGGCCUGCAUGGAGAAGGUCUGCAGCUACGAGGAGGCCAGAAGGUUCUUCCAGGACUCAUACCGUACGGAUAUCUUCUGGUCGGUCUACAUCGAUGGAGAUCAGUGUGCAGAAAACCCCUGUAAGAACGGAGCUAUGUGUUCGGACAGCGUCGGAGGCUAUGACUGCGUCUGCAAGUCGGGCUUCUCGGGGGUCCACUGUGAAAAAGACCAGACUGUGUGCACCCUGGAGAAGAACAAGGGCUGCUCCCAGUUCUGUAAACCGGGCUACCUGUCCUACGAGUGUUCCUGCGCCCGCGGGUGGAGGCUCAAGAGUUCAGACAAGAAUAUGUGCGAGGGUGCAGUCCAAUACCCCUGUGGCAGGGUGAACAGUCUGAGUCAGUGGAAUGACAGACUGGCCAAGAACAUGCGCAGCAACUUCGAAGGCCUCACCUGUAUGUCUUCAGAGUGUCCCUGGCAGGCUCUUCUGAAGAGCACAGAGUCGGACGGUUUCUGCAGCGGAGUCAUUCUGAAGGAGAACCUGGUCCUGACUUCAGCUCAGUGCGCCACCAAAUAUCCAUCCUUCAAGGUGGCUGUCGGUAAGCGCAGCACCACCUACACCAGCGAAGAGCAGACGCUGUAUGUGAAAGUGGUUAAAACUCAUCCUCGCUGGGUGGAAGGUCGCCCUGACAACGACCUGGCUGUGAUUGAGCUCCGCGACCGCAUCGUCUUCAAGAGAGAGGUGGUCGCCGCCUGUCUGCCGGAGAGAGACUUCGCCGAGAGCAUCCUGAUGUCAGGGGAGAAUCCAGCAAUGGUCACCGGCUGGAAGGUCCCUGAGCAGGAGUCUGCCUUCUCGGGUGCGCUGUCCCUCAACCAGCUGGCCUACGAGAAGCUGCCCAUGUGUCUGGAGACUCACCCCAACCUGAUGACCAAUAAAAUGGGCUGCACCGCGGCUCGCGCCAAUGCAGACUGCAAGAUGAGCUCCGGCAGCCCCCUGCUCACCCUCUACAGGGACGUCUUCUUCCUCACCGGGGUGCUGAGUCAGCCGCCGGGCGCCGACUGCACCAAAGGCUACAUCUUCCAGAAGGUGUCGCGCCACCUGGGCUGGCUGCAGCCGUUCAUGGGGUCCCGCUAGACCAGGGAUGUUGAGUUCGUCUCAGUUCAGGGGCCACUUAUGGCCCAGUUUGAUCCCAAGUGACCAGUUAAAUCACAGUAUAAUAACCUGGAAGUAACUCCAAAUCAUUCCCUUUGUUGUAGUGCAAAAUAGUACGUUCUGGAAAUGCUCACAUACACUACCAUUCAGAAGUUUGGGAUCACUUAGAAAUGUCCUUAUUUUUGAAAGAAAAGCAGUUUUUUUAAUGAAGAUAACAUUGAAUUAAUCAGAAAUACAGUCUAGAAAAGAUACAAAAAUGAAAAAAAGAAAGAUUCAAAAGGAAUUUAGGUGUGAGAAAAAUGUCAUUUCCAUUAACUUUUACUGAUGCGAAACUUCAGAAUGCACAUUAAAUAUGCUGUGGAAGAGGCUAUUGGCAACAUUGACAUUAGGCUGUAGAUGUCGGCUACAUAGUCGUGCUGGUGGUGCUGUAGGUCCCUUCCACCCUUAUUGUUAAUGUGUUAAAUGACUAUUCUAGCUGGAAAUGGCUGAUUUUUAAAGGAAUAUCUCCAUACAGGUACAGAGGAACAUUUCCAGCAACCAUCUCUCCUGUUUACUAAUGCUACAUUGUGUUAGCUAAUGGUGUUGAAAGGCUCGUUGAUGAUUAGAAAACCCUUGUGCAGUUAUGUUAGCACAUGAAAAAAAUUGGAAAACAUGAAAUUGUCUGGGCACCUCCAAACUUUUGAACGGUAGUGUAUCUUUUUAAAAGAGAUUAAUGAACAACCUGAAAUUUCUAAAGGAAAAUAAGUGCAAUUUCAACAAUAUUAAGCAUCAGUUUAUCAUUUAUAUGUGUGCAUUACAACUUAUGGAUCACAUUGUGUCUGCAGAGGCAAAGGACAAAUUUAAAAUUGCACUUCAUGUCUUCUCUGUAAUUUUUACACUUUGCAAACUCAUCCAGGCCAUAUGUUGGACACCCCUGAUAGAUGGUAGAUGGGCUGGUCAGGGCUUAUUUUUAGGAUAAUGCAGGUUCAUUUUAACGUUCUAAAACUGUAAGUCUGAUUUGAUUUUCUCAUGUCUAGCUCGAACUCGUCAUCUGUCUGUCUUUUAGGAAUAUCCAGAAUUAUGUAUUUAAGCAGCGUAUGCACUGUACCCUCCGUCUGUGCGCUGCCUUAUUUACCCACAAGGUGGCUCUGUGGUAACAUAAACAGAAAAGCUCUUACUGCAUGUAUUUAUAAAGCGGGUCGGAAGCAGCAAGAGAUGCGUGAAUUAUUCAGCAUGUGCUUUGUGGUGUGGACAUACCUUUUAAUAAUCUUUAAGUGAUGUUACUUUAGCUGUACUUCUUAACAUGCACCUUAAGACUCCUAUCAGUGUUCUAUGAAUGUAUUAAACCAUAAUACCACAUCUAAUGUCAGUAUUAAACCAUAAUACCACAUCUAAUGUCAAUAAUAAACCCUAAUACCACA